GAGGGAAAUCCUUGGUUGUCGCCAGAACUGAUGUCCCCACGGGAAAAUUCCUGUUCUGGUGACAACCCCAAAUUGUGGAUUUUCUUUCACUUUCAUCCAGGGGCGGACUGGCAUCUCAUGGGGCCCCUGGGCAAUAGGGGAUCAUGGGGCCCCUCUGUCCUUGCCCAAACUCAAAAAAGCCUAUGAAAGAGGUACCAGGGGCAUCUCAUGGGGCCCCCUACUGACCCCAGGUCCUCGGGCAGUGCCCGAGUUUCCAAAUGUUCAGUCCGCCCCUGGUAACAACAUAGCUGUUCAGGGUGACAACACUACAGAAA